AUGAGAAUUUUAUCUUUAAAGUCACUUUUCCUUUUCCUUGGCUAUUCAUCUAUUAUAAUUCAUUUGAGUACAUACACUCUGAAUAAUGAUCAAAUAUUUUACGGAGUAUUCCUUCAAUUGUCAAAUAAAGGAUUUGGAACAAAAGAAAAAAAUCACGAAAUUUUUCAAGAUUAUACAAAUUCAAAUAUGAAAAUGGAUUAUAAGGAUCUUGAAAUUUCGCUUUGUGACAUUGGAUUUGCAAUUUUGUCGGCCCCCAAAUACUUUAAAAGUAGAGUAGAAGAUUUAAAAAAUAGCUGGUUAAGGCAUUUAUGUAGAAAUAGUAAUAAUCAGCAAUAUUCGAGUAAUUAUGUCUUGAUUUCGUCAGAAAAGCAUCCCGAUAUACCAACUAUGAUACCUAAUUGUGAAGAAAAUUAUCUUAACCUUUGUUGUAAAACUCUUGCAUCUUAUGAAUGGAUGGUUAGAAAUUGGCCAAAAAAGAAGUGGUACAUGAAACUUGAUGACGAUACUUUUGUGAUUUUAUCAAGCUUAGUUGAUGAAUUAAGUGUGUUUAACUCAAAUGACAAUAUAUUAAUUGGUGGCCAAAUUUACUUAACAUUAGAAGAUUCAUUGGUUAAUUCGAUUAGUGGGAGGUCAAAUAAUCUGCAUUGGAAAUAUCAUGGUGAAGUUAUAAAAGGCAUUAGAGGCGGCGCAGGGUAUUUAAUGAGUAAUUCUUUGGCCAAGUUAUUUAUAAAAAAUGGACAGAGAUAUUUAGAUAUCUGCAACAAUGGUGGAUCGAAAUUUAAAACAUUCGAAGAUGCUUCCCUAUCAUUAUUGGUUACGGAGUUGGUGGGGCAAAAAUCUAUAAAACACAUUCCUGGUUUCCAUUUUCAUAAUCCUGAAAUUUCUUAUCGCAGUGGAUUUGAUAAAAGAGGAUUUAGACCCGUAACGUUUCAUAUGAUGCAUGAUACAAGUAAAAUGGAAUUUUUGGAUUAUUUAUUGAAUGGAUCAAUGAGGCCUCCAUCAUAUUCAUGCAACCACGAAUCUACAAAUACGUGUAUCUCUGAAUUUGAUCUCUCAAUAUCAUCAAAAUACUGGGAUCCAGUUUACUUUGGUCCUUUGACUUCUAAUAGUUCAAAAAUACUCGGAGAAAAUGCAGUUUAUACAAGUAAUUUUAAAUCAGCAGAACUUAUUAAUAUAUAUAAUUCAGGCGUUGUUGGGUUAAAACCUGUGCAAAAAAGUACAAUAACUAUGGCUUAUCCAGAAUAUAAUAAACUAUCAAAUAAUAGAGUUACAGAUAUAUUCAAAUAUAAUAAUCAUUUUAAUAGUACAAAUAUUCCAUUACAACUGAAAUACAACUCAUUGGAAAUAGAGCAUCCGUGCAAAAAUUUGAUAGAAGAAUAUUCCCACAAAUUAAAAAGUUACUACAAACAAGUUUUUACUGGAAUUAAAGAAGUUUUAUUUGUUGGUUUCCCAGAUCAUCCAAACAGAGGCGAUUCUGCCAUUUUCACAGGUGCAUUAAUAUUAUUGGAGUAUUUAAAAAUAAAAAUUGUUAAGGUAGUUCAUUUAUUGAAUGAGUAUAAUGCAAAUGAAAUUUUUGAUUCAUUUAAUGCUAAAACUCAAGAAAGAGCUGUUAUUUUCCAUGGUGGAGGCAACUUUGGAGAUUUAUAUUCACAUCAUCACGAAUUAAGGCACAUUGUACUCAAUGAUUUUGUUAAUUAUAAAGUUGUAAUGUUUCCUCAAACCGUCUUUUUCAAAAAUCAAACAAAUAAAGUGACAACCAUACAAAAUUUUGCUAAUCAUAAAGGAGAGUUAUUCCUUGCAGCUAGAGACAAUCGCUCUUUCGAAAUUUUAACUGAAAUGUUCAAAGAUGUAAACCAUAUCAGAGUUGAGCUGUUGCCAGAUAUGGCAUUUUUAAUUGGGGACCAAAGAAAGAAAAGAGGGAUUCCUUCCCUCGACAUCUUGAUACAUGCUAGAGCAGACAACGAGGCUCCAGAUAUAUUAUUUAAUAAUAAUUCGGUAAAGAUGAAUAAUAUUAAACUUGAAAGUAUUAAAAAAGUGAUAAAGGAAGGUAAUGAACUUGAAAAUGUGGAGAAAAAUCAAAAUUCAGAUAAAAACAACAUUGUAAUAAAAAGGCAAAAAUGGGUCGAUUAUUUGACAAUAUUAAUUGACGAUUGGUUAGACAGUGAUGCAAAUUACAAUAACUUAAUUAACUCUGAUUACAUUGAAAAGUCAGUUUCAAGAACAUUAGAUGGAAUGGCAUUUUUAUCUAGAGCCAAUAUUGUAAUAACGAACAGAUUACAUGGUCAUAUUUUAUUGACACUUUUAGGUAUUUCACAUAUCGUUAUGGGUGAUUCCUUUGGGAAAUUAAUGGGUUUUAGAGAGACAUGGACUAUUAACUGCCCAUUGUCAAAUUGGUAUGAUGACUUUUCUGAUGCGCUAGUUAGCGCAUCAAAGAAAUUGAACCAGUAA